AUGACUUAUAACGCCGACCGGUAUACCGACAUUGGCAUGGAGUAUAAUCAACCGGUCGAUAUUGCUGGUACUUUGUGCAAAUCUAACUGUUUAACAAUGGGGGAAACACAAUCGACAGGAGCUAGCGGUUCAUAUACAUAUUCACAAUCGAAAAAAACCUUUUGUAAUGAUAAUACUCGUGAGUGUAAACCGGCCUACAGUGGUUACAAAGGCGAAACAGAUCAAACCAAAAGGGGUUUAGGUCCAAUACCAAAAGGUUCAUAUACAAUAGAAAAUAGUUGUAAAAAUGACCGUGAACGUUGCAAUUUAAAACCAGAUACCACUAAUAACAUGUAUGGGCGUGACAGAUUUCAAAUACAUGGUGAUAAUGGCAAAAAUGAUCAAUCGGCUAGUCAGGGAUGUAUUAUUGUGGACAAAAAUGGAAGAAGAGAACUGAACAAAGGUGAUCGAGUGUACGUUACUGACUGA